AUGGCUCGGGAGGAUUCGGUGAAGUGUUUGCGCUGUCUGCUGUACGCUCUCAAUUUACUCUUCUGGCUCAUGGCACUUUGUGUGUUAGGUGUGGCAGCAUGGCUGAGGGAAUACCUGAACAACGUACUUAUACUGACUGCUGACACUAGGCUGGAGGAGGCAGCGAUCCUUACGUACUCCCCCGUGGUUCAUCCAGUCAUCAUCGCUGUAUGCUGUUUUCUAAUCAUUGUGGCCAUGGUGGGCUACUGUGGCACGCUGAAAUGCAGUCUGCUCCUCCUGUCCUGGUACUUUGGCAGUCUGCUGGUGAUCUUCUGUGUGGAGUUGGCCAGUGGCGUAUGGACAUAUGAUGAGCCUGCAGUUCAGAGGUCAGAUAUGAUCAGUCUAAAGUCUCGCAUGCCAAACUAUGGCCUGCAGCGUUACCAGUGGCUCACACACGCCUGGAACUCCUUUCAAACCGAGUUUAAGUGUUGUGGAGUGAUCUACUUCACUGAUUGGCUGGAGAUGACAGAAAUGGAAUGGCCACCUGACUCCUGCUGCUCCAAUCAGUAUCCGGGAUGCGCUCGCCAUGCCCAUUACCACGACCUUAGCGUCCUCCACCAAGAGGGCUGCGGUCCAAAAAUCUACAGUUUCAUUCGAGGAACAAAGCAGUUGCAGGUGCUGCGCUUCCUGGGUGUGUCCAUAGGCGUGGCCCAGAUCCUGGCCAUGACACUAACAAUGACUCUGCUAUGGGCUCUCUAUUAUGACCGAAAACCUCCUGACCCCGCUCCUCUGGACACUGUCGGCUUUUCCCACGCCUCUUGCCCUACAGAGGACCCCCUAAAACCCGCCAGCCACACACGCCCCCCUGAGGUCUGGACCAAUGGACCCUCAAGUGCACAGAACCAGUUUGAGAUGGAACAGCUUUCCUAG